AAAUCAAGUGUUAAAAUCAAACUUGUUGAUUAAAAGAUUUACACCAUAGUUUGGUCUUAAGAAGUCCUGAUAGUGACAACACUUAAAACGAGAAAAUUUACACUCUGGCGUGAUAACCUGAGGCUAUUAAAAAAAAUAGAAUAUAUCUUUGAAAUGUGCCACUUGAAAACACUACUUAUUAAAAAAAAUUGCCAUUAUCCGUGUCAUGAGGAAAUGCUUCCAUCUCAUCCCCGAUUUCAAAAGCUUGUCUAAACACUUUCACCUUGAUAAACAGUUUACUUCUGUGUGGAAAAGAAGGCUUGUACUGACUGCCAGUUUCUUCACAAAGCAGGCUUCAAAGGUAAAUACUCAAUGACCACAGUUUGAACACAUUAACCGUGUUCACCAACUAUGUCCUGAGAUGAAGCAGUAGGUAAAGGGACAAUUUCUCCAACAGGCAAACACUUCCUUGUUGAAAACAUGGCUGGUACCGUGGGUGUCUUUCCAGCCUGCAUCGUGGCUUACAAAAUAAUUGCCAACUACGUGAGACAUCUCCUCUAGCACGAUGGCGGAGCGCUAAACUCACCAGUGAGUCCAUGAGCACCUCCCUUCUCUACAUUUCUGCACAUUUCUGCCAAGUGUUGAUUGAUACUCUGCACAUCUGUGAUUCUUUCCAAAUGUAAGCCAAAUGUCUGGUAGCGGGCACUCAUGAUAGACAUUGCCCUUCUGUGCUAUAUGCCAUGAAUAUUACAUGAUGUACAACGGCACUCUUUGAUUAUGAAAUUCCCAGUAGCUAAUUUAAGUUUUUUCCCAGGCAUGGUAAUUAUCAUUAGCCUUACAGCUGGAUUUAUAAACCUUUUAGCAACAGUGUGACUUCCUUAUUUGUUGUUGUUGGUGGUGGUGGUUUUGGUUUUCGGUUUACAAUUUCGAAUAAUGUUUCUUUAGGUUGGGUCUCUUCACCUUUAAAUGACAAAAUUUAUCAAUUUCAUAUUAGAAAGCAUUAUUUUGUGCUUGUUCAGGAAAAACUCAAUUGGUUUAUCAGAAAGGUCACGGUACUUUGAAAGCAAUGCAAAAGCUUCUGUGGCUUCUUGCCAUUCCUUAACAAAGUUUUGUAAGAGACAAUGCAAUAGAAACUAGAGGCAAAUUGAUUGCUGGUCUGGUGAAAUCCAAUUUUCACAUAUUCAUCAAGAUUCCCUUGUUCUAGCACACAUGGUUUCACGUUCGAUAUUUGCAUUGGACUCUUGUUCACCGUUUACAGGGCUCUGUUAUGUUGACGUUAUCAUUGCAACACAACUCUUAACACUUAACUACCUGCCUGUAAGUACCUGAUUUAUUUCUGUGAAUUGGCCAUCAUAACAUGCAAUAAAACACGUAAAAUUAACGGAUGUAAAUAGCACUUCAAUGUAUAAAAUGCAGCGGUCAAGGCAAAGGGCACCAUGAAUGGAAUAGUAGCUGGGAUGAACAACUUUCAGGAACAUAAUGAUUAUUAAGUAUGCAACUAGAUUUCCAGAAAAUAUAAUAAAUUAAUCUUAACUUUCAAAUUUACAAAAUGAACAUGAAAUUGUUUCCUUGCUCUUUCCUUCUUAUAGAUAGCGGGGGGAACACCAAUGAUCCAUGGUUUGCCUGUGAGCAGCACUUCUCUGUGGGGUGGCUACUUGGCAAAAUAGCUCAUCAUCCAACUAGCCUGAUAUCCAAAAUCCCCAAGUCAUUUGUUAUUCCUCCUACAAUGUCAAGAUAGAUCAAAUGAUUUUUUUUUUAAGAUUUCAUUUACUUAUUUUUGAGAGAGAGCAGGAGUUGGGGGGGGCGGACAGAGGGAGAAGCAGACUCUGCGCUGAGCAGGGAGCCCUAUGCAGGACUCGAACCCAGGACCCUGGGAUCACGACCUGAGCCGAAGGCAGAUGCUUAACUGACUGAGCCACCCAGGCACCCAGAUCAAGUGAUUUUUAUUAAAUAUCAUGAAGCCCAUAGCAUGAAGAUAGGCUAUAGGCAUGGACUAUAUAUAUAAAACAGACAGUCUUUACCUUCCAGAUCUUAUGAUUCAGAUCUUAAAUAAAUAAGCACAAAUAAAUUGCAAGCUACCAACUGUGGUAAGUGCUGAAGGAAAAAAAAAGAGAGAGACUAAGAAAGUGGUGGGUGGGGAUGGAAAGGUCUAAUUUAAACUGAUGGGUCAUAGGCAAGUGCUAUGUGAGUUAUUUCCUUUGAGAUCCUCAAAGACGAAUAAUCCAUGGGUACUUAGGACAUGUUCUUUUUUCUAAUAACAUUUGUGUAAUGUAGAAGUAACUAAAGACAGCGUUUGUUCCUUUGUUCUAUUACUAUUAUUAUUAGUGUUUACGUUAUGGACACUGUUCUAGACUCUGGAGGUAUACUUGUGAAUGAGACAGACAAGAGUUCUGUUCUCAUGCAGCUUCUGUUCAGUGUUGAGAUGCUUCUCAGAAUAUGAAAAGAGAAAAAUAUGACUAAACUCUGGAGUAAGCCAUUAAAAACCUUAUGAAGUAUCAUUUCAUCAAUAACACAAAUUCACCGUGGAGAUAAAGAAAAGUACUCUUGCCCAACAACACUCCACUGUCAUCUGACCGAAUGUUUAGAUAUAUGUAAAAAGAAAAAAAAAGUAUGUAUCAGUCAAAACUGGUGAUCAGCAACGUAGGAGAUAAAACCCUAAAAUGGAGCUGGUAUAUCAGGUAUUAUAGAUCAAUGAUGCUAACUACUAAAAUCAUCUUACUCCUCUUCUGAUUGAAAUUUGGCCUCAAAUGGAAAUUGGCCUGUAGAGAGAAUUAUUGACAAGUACACGUUAUAUUUUUAUAACCAAUCAAUAAAUUGGCGUUCUGGUCACACACUUUAGUGUCCAUGCUUAAAAUGGGUCUUUACCUGAGAGAUCUUAAAUCAAGUGUGAGUCUGCCAGGCUGAAGUCUGGCCCUGGAUAGAGAGGAGCAGUCAAUCACGGGUGGUGCACCCUGGUAGCCAUGUCAGGCUGACCAGCAGGCAUUCCCCAUGAGACGCCUGGCUUUAGGGUAACUUCUCUUUCCAGUCAGCAAUUUGCAUUAAUCAAUAAUCAGGAGAUAUUUUGGAGGCACUCCACCAGUUAUCCCUAGGGAGGAAAUGAUUUAAAAAUGUGAGGUAGGAAAUGGUUAUUUCAAGGCUCAGAAGAAACUUUUUUCAAAACAUUGGUUGAUACUCCAAAGAACUGUCAGAAUAGACUAGAAAAUGUUGGAGAAAUUGAACCCGCAACUUUUGAUCCUUUCCUUUUAUAAGUAUAGUUGCUUUCACUAUCAGUAGGAAGAUGGGCUAACACAGCCAAUGGAGUGCUUUUAAUUAAAUAAACAGACAUUUUUAUUUAUUCUGACAAGCUGAAAUAAUGUAUGAGAUUAAAAAAAAAAAACAUUCGGCAGUUCAGUCUUGUCUCUCUUUUUUGUGAAAUUGAAAAGAAACAAAAUAAGCACAUUUGGAUCUGGUGUAAAAGGGACUAAGGAUAUUUAUCAUAGACAGUUUAAUAUUAGUCUUCUGAGACCAAAGCUACUCUUUCCAAGUUCAGCAGAAAUACACAAACAAUUUGACAAAUAUUGAAUUAUGCUUCAAGGCAAUUCUCAUACUUUAAUAUAAUCUGUUUUUUAAAAAUGUAUUUCCUUCUACUUUGAAAUAAAAGUCCAUCACCAAAUACAAUGAAUUGCUUUUCAUCUCAGUUUAGGGAAGAGCCCUGCUUUUAUACCCACCUUUAGCAAUUUUUCUCCUAAAUGAGAGGAAAGGAAGCUUGAAUGUUUCCAGAGCAAUGUAAAAACCAGGCUGCCUGUAAAGUGAUGUGGUCAUGUCAGAUACAUUGCACGUACUACUGUCAAGUUAAGACAAUGUAUUUAAAGACAUUAAAUUAAAUUAUGACAACUAUUUUGGAAAUUUGAUUUUUCAUUUUAUGGAAUUUUGUGUAAACUGGAGAAUAUUUAAACAUUUGAAAACAUUGAUCCAGUUUUUCUACACCUUGCACACUAGGAUCACCUGGUUGGGAGAGGGGUAGAGGGCAGGGAGGGUUGAUUGUAAAAAUACCGAUGCGCGGUUCCCACCCCUGAGAUCCUGGCUCCCCAGUUGAUUAUAAUCUGUCACCAAAGUUAAGAACCACUGCCCUAAGAUAAUAAUUGUGGUAAUGUAACCAUUUGAACAGAAGUCCAAAAUGCAUUUAGGUUUAGGUUAGGUUGCCAGAUAAAAUAGAGGAUGCUUAGUUAAGUUUGAAUUUCAGAUAAACAAUAAAAACAUUUUUAGUAUUUGGAAUAUUGCAUUAGACCCUGUAUUUUUAUUUGCUAAAUCUGGUACCCCUAAGUUUUCUUUGCUUAAAACCUCUUUGGAACAAAGCUGUUUAUCUACCAUUGGAGUUAUUUAGAAAAGACUUCUCUGGGUCAGAUGACAGCAACGACAAAACUGGGUAAAUGCGUUAGAUGUUCUCCUCUCCUGGGGUCCUAAAUCAGCUCAUCUCCUCUCUAUACUUUCCGAGUGUUCCUUCUGUUGUGUCCUGCUUCUAAUGACACCAGUUCUUCUUGGGUUCCCCAGACCCAAUCCCAACACGGGUUGGGGGAACCCCACACAAAACACUCAAUUCUGACACUGUCUACCUGGAGACAGCAUCAGAUCCCACAGGUUAAGGGUUUAGUUCUACAGGACUGUGUCCCACGUACGCCCCACGAAUGCCAGUGGCAAGAAAGUCCCAGGCUGGUAACGUGCUUGUGACCCACCGGCUCCAGAUUGGAGGUUCUGGCGACCUCCUCCUUAGAUCCUUUUAAUUUGCUAGAAUGGCUCGCAGAACUCAGGGAAACAGUUUGCCAGUGUAUUAAAAGAUACAAUAAAGGACAUAAAUCAGCAGCAAGAUGAGGAGAUGCAUAGAGCAGAGUAUAUGGGGAAGGGGCACGGAGCUUCCAUGCCUUCUCUUAGCUCCCUCUUUCCUCUCCCCAGACGCAAGCCCCUCCAGCUCUUAAAGGUAACCAUAAUAGUGACUUUUAAAAUAAUCACUUUUCUGUUUUUCCACUUAGUUUCCCCACCCAAGUAUGUAUCCAUAAACAUUAUAAUUUGCUUAUUUUUGAACUUUAAAUGGAAUCACGUAGCAUAAAGAUUUUAUGUCUAGAUUCUUUCCCUGAGUAUUUGGUUGUUGUGACUCAUUAGUGUUCAUCCAUGUAGCAGAUUAUUUACUUGAAAUAUCACAAUUUAUUUAUUCUACUGUUAAUGGACAUUUGUUUCUUUCUAUUUUAGGGCAUAAUGCUUCUGUGAACGUUCUGUUGUUUUUUUUUUUUUUUAAGAUUUAUUUAUUCAUUUGAGAGAGAGAGAGAGAUCACAAGCGGGAAGGGCAGAACGAGAGGGAGAGAGAAUCUCAAGCAGACUCCAUGCAGAGCGCAGAGCCGAUGCAGGGCUCAAUCCCAUGAGCCUGAUAUGAGGACCUGAGCCAAAACCAAGAGUUGGACACUUAACUGACUGCGCCACCCAGGUGCCCCUGAACAUUCUUAUACAUUUCUCCAGGGACAUGACUGCAAACAUUUCUUCGUGAUAUAUACCUGUGUGAGGGUUGGCCUGAAUAAUGUAGCCUGCCAUAUGAUUGGAAAGCGAUACAGUUGGACUUGGAUCUUUCGGCUGCAUCGGAAGCACCUGAAGGGCCCCCAUGCCCAGAGUUUCUGAUUCAGUCUGGGAUGGGGCCAAAGAAUUUGCAUUUAUAACAACUUCAGGUGAUGCAGAUUGUCCAGGGAUCACAUUUUGAGUCACUGGAAUAGCUGUAAUGAACAGAAUGCAUACAGAUUUGCUUCAAUAAAUUUCUGAAAAACAAUGCUUCUUCCUUCCACAUCUGAGCCUAACGUCAAAUACUAUCAGUACGAGGCUUCUCACUUCAUCGGCGCCAUCAUGUGGUGAAACUGUGUAUCACAUUGGAAAACCUGCCACAUAGAGGAAGACAAGGGAGUCACAAAUCACAUUGAACGAAAAAGCAACCUGUGUUUUCUGCAGUUACAAACAAAAUGAAUAUUCCCAUGCUACUGCAACAUUCUCACCGGCGUUUCCUAAAAGGCCUUUUAAGAACACCUUUCCAUCGCUACCACUUCAUCUUUCACUCAAGUACUCAUCUCGGAUCAGGAAUCCCUUGUGCUCGGCCAUUUAAUUCUCUUGGACUCCAUUGUACAAAAUGGAUGUUGUUGUCAAAUGGUUUAAAGAGAAAAUUAUGUGUACAAACAACCUUAAAGGAACACACAGAAGAACUUUCUGAUAAAGAACAAAGAUUUGUGGAUAAACUUUAUACCGGUUUAAUCCAAGGGCACAGGGCCUGCUUAGCAGAGGCCAUAACUCUUAUAGAAUCAACACACAAGAGGAAAAAAGAGUUAGCCCAGGUGCUUCUUCAGAAAGUAUUAGUCUACCACAGAGAACAAGAACAAAUAAAUAAAGGAAAACCACUAGCAUUUCGAGUGGGAUUGUCCGGGCCCCCUGGUGCUGGAAAAUCAACCUUUAUAGAGUAUUUUGGAAAAAUGCUUACUGAGAGAGGGCACAAAUUAUCUGUGCUAGCUGUGGACCCUUCUUCUUGUACUAGUGGUGGAUCACUCUUAGGUGAUAAAACCCGAAUGACUGAGUUAUCAAGAGAUAUGAAUGCAUACAUCAGGCCAUCUCCUACCAGCGGUACUUUAGGAGGUGUGACAAGGACCACAAAUGAAGCUAUUCUGUUGUGUGAAGGAGGGGGAUAUGACAUCAUUCUUAUUGAAACCGUAGGUGUGGGCCAGUCGGAGUUUGCCGUUGCGGAUAUGGUUGACAUGUUUGUUUUACUACUGCCACCAGCAGGAGGAGAUGAAUUGCAGGGUAUCAAAAGAGGUAUAAUUGAGAUGGCAGACCUGGUGGCUAUAACGAAAUCUGAUGGAGACUUGAUCGUGCCGGCUCGAAGGAUACAGGCUGAGUAUGUGAGUGCACUGAAGUUACUCCGCAAACGCUCAGAAGUCUGGAGACCAAAGGUAAUUCGUAUCUCCGCCAGAAGCGGAGAGGGCAUCACUGAAAUGUGGGAUAAGAUGAGAGAGUUCCAGGACCUCAUGCUCGCCAGUGGGGAGCUGAUGGCCAAGCGGCAGAGGCAGCAGAAAGUUUGGAUGUGGAAUCUCAUUCAGGAAAGCGUGUUAGAACAUUUCAGGACCCAUCCCACCGUCCAGGAACAGAUUCCUGUUCUGGAAAAAAAGGUUCUCAGUGGGGCCCUGUCCCCAGGACUAGCAGCAGAUGUGUUGUUGAAAACUUUUAAAAGCGGAGGCUAAGGAAAUUUAUCCUAUGCAAUGAUUUUAUAUAUCAUUUCAUAAAGUAUUUUAAUAUUAAAAGUCACUUGAAUGCUUA